AUGGACUGGGGCGCGAGCCUGGUGUCGAGCCGCCCUUCGUCUCCGGAGCCCGAUGACCUCUUCGUGUCGGCGAGGAGCAAGAGCGGCGGGGGCUUCUCGGCGGGCGGCGCCGUGUCCAGCUCGACGCCCAACGAUUCCCCCGCGGAGCUGAGCGCGGAACUGCGCAGCGCCAUGAGCGCCGCCGGGGUGGUCGUGGUGGACAAGCUGGCCUUCAAGUCGCCCUCGUCGUCGUCCUCGUCGUCAUCGUCGUCCUCGACCUCCAAGAAGGACAAGAAGCAAAUGACGGAGCCGGAGCUACAGCAGCUGCGCCUGAAGAUCAACAGCCGGGAGCGCAAACGGAUGCACGACCUCAACAUCGCCAUGGACGGGCUGCGGGAGGUGAUGCCCUACGCGCACGGCCCGUCGGUGCGCAAGCUCUCCAAGAUCGCCACCCUCCUGCUGGCGCGCAACUACAUCCUGAUGCUCACCAACUCCCUGGAGGAGAUGAAGCGCCUCCUCAGCGAGAUCUAUGGCGGCCACCACGCCACCGGCUUUCACCCUGCUGCCGCCGCCUGCUCGGGGGGCCUGGUCAGCCACGCUGCACCUCUGCCGAGCCACCCAGCUUCCCACGCCGUGCACCACCCCAUCUUGCCCCCUGCCGCCGUCUCCAGUGCCUCUCUGCCCGGCUCCGCGGGGCUGUCGGCCGUCAGCUCUAUCCGACCCUCUCACGGCUUGCUCAAGUCUCCUCCGAGUGCUGCGGCUGCAGCUGCGGAGCAAAGGGGUUCCUUUUGA